UUUGCGUAUUUUCGACUCGCACUUGUUUGUUUUUGUGCAUCUGGCACAAACAAACACAAUACGACAAGUAUUAAUUAACUAACUAAUUUUGCAAUAAUAUUUCCAAAUUAAUAAUAAAAACAGUACAACAAUCAAUAACUCCAAAUAAUAGAAAUGAGUCCUAUUAGUAGUAAAAAGGGGAGCAACAAUAGCCUCCAGAUUUCGGGAUCGUUCCUUUUCAGUUCAAAUUAUGCAAGACCCAGAACGCAGUACAGGGCGACGCAGAUGUGGCACAAAUCUCUGGAGACUUUCUUGUCCUCUGUCCCCUUAACGCAGCACAGAUCAAAGACUCGGUUUUGGCGAGUGUACGAUUCCACUUUCACCGGUGGGGAAGCCGUGACCUGGUUUCAUGACCAAUUGAAGCAAAGUUUCGACCAAGAAAUCAGUCGAGAACAGACGAGGAAACUUUUAGGGAAAUUCUAUCGUGUCGGCGUCUUUUGCAAUGUGGAACAGCAGGAACUGGAUGGUGGUGAAGUCAAUGAAAAUGACUUUAAGGAUAGUCACAUGCAUAUUUAUAGACUAUCAAUGGAUCGUCCCGGCGUUCCCGCAACGACACGGACGCCGUCGCCAUCUGGAAAUACGAAAAAAAUUACGUCUGGUGGAAAAAUGAAGAAAAAUUACUCGGUGGAGAUAACACCGUUAUCUUUAGAGAACAAGGAAAAUAUAUAUUUCGAUUUCUUUCUGGAAAAGCUCAAUCCGCUGACAUCCCUCUCGUUGAGUGAGGAUCUCCUCCCCCGCACGUCCAACAUUUACAGCAAUUUAACAUUUACCCCCCAUUCACCACCCCUCUUCCCAAGCUGGCUAUUUCCCGCAAUGCGCUAUCUCACUCACUAUCCAUAUGAAUCCAAAGUGCACGUGAAUUACCCAAAUUUCGAACAUGAUGUCCUCCUCCUCGUCGCUGAUUACUUUUUCUCCGUGUACGAACGUAUAGGACAAUUCAUCCCAAAUGUUGCCCUCUUUGUGGAUACAUUAGCCAACAUUGAGCCACAAGUGAUGUUGUCAAAAUACCAGGAAAAAUUCCCCUUCCCAAAAUCAGAGCUGGAAGAAAUUGACCAGAUUUUUACCCCAAAGGGAAAAAAUUCAUCAAGAUUUGUCAUGGGGAAGAAUAGACGACGGAUUUUUGACGACUCAGUGUCAGAAGAAGUGAAAGUAAAACCGAUGGGAAUUGUGGACACGUCACGUUACCGAUGCGAGGAUGCGAGUGCGAGUGUGUAUUAUGCAACAAAUUUCGGUGUCGGGACGCCAGUGACGAGAGUGCUGAGUACCCAAGAGAUGUAUGCUUAUGAUAAUCCCAACUUGAAUUUAAGUCCAGUGGAUUUAAUCAACCAUCCAAAGUAUGGAAGUAUUAGGAAGAAUUUGUUCAAAGGGAGGAAAUCAUUGUCUGAGGGGAAUUUGUUGGUGGAUAGUGUGGCUAGUGGUGGAGAUAUAGUUGAUAAUGGAGGGUUUGUCGAAGAGAUCAACCCACUACCGGAAACAAAACGAUCAACAAUUGAAGCGUUGACGUUGUUACUCCUCACUUUGGAUUAUAAUAAAAGGAAACAUUUGGAAGUACUGCUCAAGUUUAUGGGAAAAGUCGAAAAGAAUUAUAGAUUGAUGUUGGACGUGGCUACUACUAAUAAGGAUUUGUUGUACGAUUUCUUUGGUCGGUUAGCAAUGGAUUCCCCAAGUGAACCAGCACAACUUGGACUCUUCAUUUUUAUGGUGGCCAACGCUGAUUCCUUGUUUAAUGGAGAAUAUUUGGAAAAUUUAAAGAAAACAGCGGACGAUGUGGUUAGUGAGCGACAGCUUAAGAAGAUCCCAGUUCCAACUAGAUCUUCUUCCCGUUCUCUAAGCAGUAAGGAAAACAACUACGGGGGAAUGGGAAUGGAAGUUUCGUCAUUUUGCAGUAAAAUUUCCAUGAUUGAAUACGAGAAUCAACGAUUACUUGGAGAAACUGCCAAAAGUUUGAGAAACUUGUUGGACGAGAUUGGCUCGUUGAAAGACGAAAAAUUGAGAAAGAAGCAGUUGAGGAAGUUCCAAAAGGAGUACCCACACAUCUACGCAGAGAAGUAUUCUUAUCCAUCAUUCGUAUUGGGAGAUGACUCGGAUCGGGCCGAGUCCUCAUUUCAACACCAAAAAUCAAAGAAAAGAACACCUUUUGGUGUUUUGAUUUAGAAUUUUAGUAGAGUAUUAUUAUGUUAUGUAUAAAAAAAUUUCAGUUUUAGACAAUCCUAUACUUUUUGAGAGACUGAUAAUCAUUUUUUGUUUGUAAUAAAAAUUUAGCCUUUUUUAUCAAUAGCAAAGGUAAGUUGUCUCAAAAACUUGCGUGCGAUUCAUCCACACGCCACGCAAUUUGAGGGAUUGUCAUGCCAUGAAAUUUCUUGUGAAGUCGACAACACGACAUUUUUCCAAGUAUUAAUUUUUAUUAUGCCGUUCUACAUAGGUACAAUGUGUCCCUUCGUGGAAAUACAUUGCCAGAGUUAUAGUUAGUGAUUAGUUGGAUUGUGGUUGAGAAAUUAUGAUUUCGUAGUAGUAUUUAAUAGGAAAAUUAACGUUUAAUUGUUGGUCAAUUGACAUUCUUGUUGAAGAGGAGGAUUAUCAUUUACAUAUGUAACUGUAUGUCCGACUACUAGAUGUUUCUAUUAAAUAUAGUUAUUGAAUUCGGA